AUGGGGCAGAGAUUGGCUCCCACCUUAGCUAUUUCACUUAUGGCCAAAAUUGAAGCACCUGUUCUGGAACUACGUCCUCUGAUCCACUCUCGGUACAUUGACGAUUGCUUUGUCAUUUGCGCCACUCAAGCGGAGAUGGAAAAAUGUUUUGACUUGUUGAUCCGACAGUCCGAACACAUAAAACUAACCAAGAAGAAACCACAAGGCAAUUGGCUUCCUCUUUUGAGCAUCCAGGUUGGCAUCUCAAACGGUACGUACCAAACGAAAUGGUAUCGUAACCCCAGUAAUAAAAACAUCUUGGUUCAUUUUCUUUCUGCUCAUCCAUUUCAUAUGAAGAAAGCUAUGAUUAACAACGUGUCCCGCACGGCAAGAACUGUUUGUAAUGGACCUGAGGAUCCGAAUGUGACAUUCGAACCAUUCGCCCUUCUGAUCGCUCAGUCAGCGGCGUCUCCGAUCUAA